ACCUACUGUAAAACCUCGAAUAGAAGUCCAAUGGGCUUAAUGUCGAGAAGAAGCCCAUCUCGAAUUGAAGCCCCUCUUUAGUUUGCAAAAGUAACCUCGAGAAGGAGCUCAUGGCCUUCUUUUCAAGAUGGCAUCGGCUUUUGUUCGAGAUAGUACAGUACAUACAUAUUUUUUAUCCGAAUUGUGUUGCGUUCCUUUACGGGAGGGAGUAUCUCUCUCCGACGGAGGUCAGUGUCUUCAGGCCCCAUUGACGUGACCAUUGCUCGACCUGACCUCCAUAGUAGUUACACCCUUUUUAUGAAUAACCCAAAAUAAAAUACUGAUUUAGUAGGUCUAGAAUAUAAUAGCUUUAAAACUUAGGCAUACAAAGGAAGUACAACACAAAAAUAUAAAAUAUUCAUUACAAUGAAUACAUUGACCUCUCGUUGGAAGUUAGUAAUCCAGUUUCUAGCACUGGCAUAUCAGAUUUGCUCAUACAGGUAACACAACAUAUUUUGGGUUCGAUGGAAAAGCUGCUGGAAUUUAAAAGAUUAAUUGUAUGUCUUAUGUGAACAAUUAGAUAGACUGAUAUCAGAGUUGGUAACAUAUUCAUUUGUCACAGAAGAGAAAAUGGAAUCAAAAAGUUUAUGCUGUCAACAUGAUCGUGAUAAACAAACCGAAAGGAAUGGAUGUUUUGAGACAGUUGCAGCAACUGCAACUGGACUAAUACUUAUAAACCCCAACAUUGAGAAUAUGCAUGUGAAUAUUAACACACCUGGGAACCCGAAGAACGAAGAUGAAACUAUCAGAAAUUAUCUGCUUGAACGAAUGAAAAUGCUGUGCAGCAAAGCGAACCGGGUCACUCCAGCAACAUGGAAUUCUUAUCAUGAAGUAGACAUUGCACACAUGUUCACUGACUUGGAACUGCUUAAAGAAAAUAAAGAGACCAAAGUAAAGAAGCCAUUAACAUUUCAAGAGGUUUCAGAUAUUAUUAAAUGCACACCUGCAUGUCGAGUUUUUAUCGAUGGUGAGGGGGGCAUUGGUAAGUCUACACUUCUCAGAUUUUUAGCAUACAAUUGGGCUAAUGAUCUAGAUGAAACUUUUAAAGGAAAAUUGAUAUUUCUUGUAAAGAUCAGAGAUAUUAACGAAAGCAUUUUGAGUACAAUUUUGAAAGGCAUCGACGUUGAAGAAUUUGAAUUGAAAACUGAACUGAAACCAGGAUCUGAGAUUAUUAAACGAUUCAUAGUGAAAAAUGAUCAUGAGAUAGUGCUGUUACUAGAUGGAUUAGAUGAAUUGGAAGACAAUAUGAAGAGUCCAAUAAGCUUGUUCAGAAAAGAACAAUUGAUAAACAGCAAAGUAAUAAUUACAUCACGGUCAGAAUAUGAAAAUGAGUUUGUUAAAGUAAGUGAUGUUCAUGUAAAUGUGAAGGGAUUUAAUGAAAGAAAUAUCGAGAGGUAUAUUAAGAAAUACUUUGAAUACCGCAAAAAGCCUAAACUGGGGGACUGGCUAAUUAGUGAGCUAAUUUUGGAUGAAAGCAAAAGGACAGAUAGCAAGCAAUUUGAUCCUCUACCAAUUUGUAAAAACCCAAUGUUGCUUCUUAGUGUAUGUGCCAUUUGGGAAGAUAAACAUUACCUUCCAACAGAUAAAUCUGAACUCUUUAAAGAAGUAUUCCGGUGUAUAUUAAAUAUGUACAUUGAUAAACAUGAGGUUGCAACAAUGAGAAAAAUUUCAAUCUUUGAAAGAACUCCAGUGAAGUACAUACACGCUAUGCUUGUACUGGGAAAAUGUAUGUAUGAAUCUCUAAAGACAAAUAAGCUCUCCAUAAACAAAGCUAAUAUGGAGGGGAAUAAAGAGGAGGUUGAAUUGGCUUUAAAACUUGGAUUUGUUUACAAAGAUCCACCAAUUUACAAAGAUGACUUUGAAGACGUGUUUACACCUCCACAUAAGUUGAUUGUCGAAUCGUUGGUAGGAUUUUACAUAAGCAAUUUAUGCAAAGUCGAUUCCUUAACUGGUGGGUUUGAAAAUCCAAUCAUUGAACUAAAUCCAUUAGGACUAAAUGAAUGGGAGGUGAUAAGAAUUAAUGAACAUUUGGAGAUGGCGCGAAUGUUUGCUAUUGGCUUUCUAGGAGCUGAAGCUGGCAAAUUUCUAAAACUUUGGAUAACAGAAAAUUUAUCAACAUUUUCUCUAAUGACAUACUUAAAUCAUGUUAAGGAAGAAAACAGGAUAAAUGUAGAAAAGACGAUAACUGACUACAUUUCUGAACACAGUUUUGAAAUGAAACCUCAUAUUCUUGACAUAUGUAAUUCUCUGUGGAGGUGUAUCCAUUACAUUGACCCAACUGUCAAUGAAAAUUGGACUUUCUUGCAAUUGAUAAGAAAGGCUAAGGAUUUUCAAAAUCAGAUCGCGAGUCUGUUAAAAAGAUCUCAAUUCAUGAAGAUGCCACCUAAAUUUCUUGGAAAAGUGAUAGCUCAUUUAUUCAUUGCUUUUAAUGACCAAAAUGUCUUGUUUGAGGACAGUACUCACCUACGUAAUGAAGGUGUUGUUAAUGUUUUACUGGAUGAAUUUCAUAAACUUAGUUUUCAAUAUGAAAUUUCUUAUUUGAUAAACAACUCACUUCAUCCGUUAUUAUUAACUCACAUACUGUUCCAUGCACCAAACAUAUCUGUCCUUAAUUUAAACAACUGUCUUGUAACAGGUAGUACAAUGAACAGAUGUUCCAAGAAAUAUCAAAAAGGUGGCGUUUUCAAAUUAGAAUGUCUUGAUAUCAGCGAUAAUGACCUAAGUGCAAUCGAGGGCGCCUUACUAGCUGAUUUACUUAUCAUGUCUCCUAAUCUCCAUGGACUUAAUAUAACGAAUUGUAGGUUAUCAGGAUUUGUUGUGAAUGAUAUGGUCAGAAUCUGUACUAGUAUACUUCGUGUGCUGAAUUUAGAAGAACUUUACAUCAGUAAUAAUGAUCUGAGUGCUAUUAAGGGCGCUUCACUAGCUAGUUUACUUGGCCUGGCCCCUAAUCUGAAUUAUAUUGACAUAAAAAAAUGUAAAUUAUCAGGUUUUGUUGUGAAUGAUAUGGUUAAAAUAUGCUCCAAUAAGCAAAAUAUGUUUAUACUGGAAAAACUCAACAUCAGUGAGAAUAACCUGAGUGAAAUUGAGGGCGCUUUAUUAGCUAGUUUUCUUGUCAUUUGUCCUAAACUUAGUACACUUCAAAUGAGUAGGUGCAGUUUAUCAGGUGUAGUUGUGAAUGAUAUGGUCAGAGAAUGUUUGAGAAAAAAGGAAGUUUUGUUGAAAUUAAUACAUCUUGACAUCAGUGAUAAUGAUCUGAGUGCAAUUGAGGGCGCUUUACUAGCUGAUUUACUUAUCAUGUCUCCUAAUCUGUGUGGACUUAAUAUAACAAAUUGUAGGUUAUCUGGAAUUGUUAUGAAUGACUUAGUCGGAGUCUGCACUAGCAGAAAUGUUGUGUUGAGUUUAGAAGAGCUUUACAUCAGUAAUAAUGAUCUGAGUGCAAUUAAUGGCACAUCGCUAGCUAGUUUACUUGGCCUCAUGGUCCCUAAUAUGAAUUGUAUUGACGUACAGAAUUGCAGAUUAUAAGGUUUUGUUGUGAAUGACAUGGUCGGACUAUUUUCCAAGAUGGAAGUUAAGUUGUCAAUAUUAGAAAAACUAAACAUUAGUUAUAAUAACCUGAGUGCAAUUGAGGGUACCUCAUUAGCUAGUUUGCUUGACAUUUUUCCCACACUGAGAACACUUCGAAUGAGUAGGUGCUAUUUAUCAGGUGGAGUUGUAAAUGAUAUGGUGAGAGUAUUUUCUAGUAGAACUUUGUUGAAUUUAGAAGAACUUAGCAUAAGUAAUAAUAAUCUGAGUGCAAUUGAGGGCGCUGUACUAGCUAGAUUACUUAUUAUGUGUCCUGAAUUGAGUACGCUUGAAAUGAGUAGGUGCAGUUUAAGAGGCGGGGUUGUGAAUGAUAUGGUAAGAAUCUGUGUGAGUGAGAAUGUAAUGUUAGGUUUAACAUGUAUAGACAUCAGUAAUAAUUACCUCUUCAACAGCGCUUCACUAAAUGGUUUACGUGCUAUGGCUCCUGAUCUACAUACGAUUUUAAUAGGUCAUUAUUCCAAAAAGUGUGUAUGCUUAUGAUCGAUUGUAGGCUUUAACAUCGGUGAAACCCGGACCUGGACAACGUGCAACAGAAAGUUUUUAUGACUUAUCUUGUUACCACAUCCAAAAUAAGACAAAAUCGGACCACCCGAAAGUGACUAAUUGUGGAGUUAAAAUAGCGUUUAAGAUGCUUGCCUUAUAAUUUGGUUUAGCAUCGUUCCAUCCUGUUAGUGGCGAGUGUUGCUGUGGGAUGUGAAGGAAUUAAAAAAACAAACCAAGAAGUAAUAAUUCAAUGAUGGUGGCCCUAUUGGCAUAAACACUAAUAUCCCAGAAACCACUGACCGUACAUUGAUUUUUUUGGUAUCUAAUUUUGUUCAGAAUAUAUACUGUAUCUAUUCUUUCUCUAUGGUCUAAUGAAAUAGUUUAUUAAAAAAUGUUCAGAAAUGCUGUUUUUGAACUUAGGCCUAUUCUGCAAGGAACCUUUGUAUCUUGGUAAUCAUUGGUACUAGAGAGUUCAUUUUGAAACUUUCUACAAAUAGUGGUUGCUCAGAUAUAGAUGCCUUGCAAUAUGCAAUAAAGGUCAUUGUUAUAUUUGUGACCAAAGGCCUACACAUGUUUGGUUUGCGAUCACGGCUUGACAUGGAACAUUAAAUGUUAUUUGUGGCUACAAAAUUUUGGUACUUGACAACAAAUAGUUCUACAUAACUGAGUGUGCAAUUUUAUAUAUUGAAUAUUUUCAUGCUCAGAUCAAAUUCCUAAAUUUUAUUAUAGAUGCUAAAUUAAAAAUUAUGGGUGAUCAUUGCUAGCGCGAGUAUUCACCUUUGGGGUUGAGGUGUAAAAUUAUUUUUUAACCUGAAAAUAGUGCUUUUAAUUGCUGAAGGAAAUUAGACUAGUGUGUAUUUUAAUACUUUGGAAAAAUAAUUGUAAAUAAUUUUAUAUGGUAAUAAAUAUUUAUUUUGUUGGUUGUGAAUUU